AGAGAAAUGCGAUGACCCCCUUCUCCCGGUCUAAUUCUGUCUUCACGAUGCAAGAGCGCUCUACUGGCCGAGCCGGGUAACUCAGCCUCCUCCCUCAUCCUCUUCCUCAUCCUCACCACCCUCCUCACCACCCUCCUCCUCCUCCACGGCUCACCAUCACUGUGAGUCACAGCCGCGUCCGUCGGAGCACAAGACGAGUUUCCUACCCCUCCCCUCUCAUCUCCUCUGCACGAGUUCGCCGGCUGCCUCGGUCGCCGCAUCUCUGCCGGGGCACGAUGGCUGCAGGAGUGGUGCGUGUGGUGCAGAGGCUGAGGGAAACCCUGGAGGAGCACACAGACUCCAUCGACCUGUCUGCGUGUGAGAUGACGAACGUGCCCGUGGCGGUGAACGUGAUGCUGGCGGAAGUCGCGGACGACGUCCGGGUCGCAUCUCUGGCCGACAACAUCCUCAAGUCGCUGCCCAGCAACUUCCUAAGCACCUUCUCCCGCCUGCAUGAGCUGCACCUGCAGGGCAACCGACUCAAGUCGCUGCCGGAUGCGGUGGCCUCCCUGACCGAGCUGCACUUCAUCGAUAUCUCCAGGAACUGCUUUGUGACCUUCCCGGAUAGCCUCACCGCCACGCCGAGCCUACGCACCAUCGACGUGUCCCACAACUCCCUGCAGGAGCUCCCCGCCGAGAAGCUCGCGGCCAUGCCCUCCCUCGCGUCGCUGAUCGUCACCGCGAACCCCCUGACGCAAGACGCCGUGGACUCGCUGAGCCUGCUGACGGACACCCUGCGAGUGACGCUGGCCCCUCCGGAGGAGCGCAACGGCCACGGCGGCUGUGGCAGCGAUCGAGAAACGAGCGUCACGGGUGACGAGGCCGCUCGUGACGAGGCUCGCUGUGCCGCUGAUGUCGUUGCCGAUGACCGGUGCCUUUCCCAGAGUGACCGCCCCCACCUCCCACUGCCUCCCCCACCACCACCCCCACCCCCCCUACCACCCAUUCGCCCCAGGCUGGAGUGAAUGGUCCUCCUCGGCCAGGCGGUCGGCAACCUGCAGCUGCAGAGACGCAUGCGGCUCUUGAAGGGCUGCAGUGCGGCUCUUGGCACUCGAAAAAAAUGUGUUAUUUUGGUUGGCGAUCCCUUACCAUGGACGUCCAGGUCACCAUGGAAGUCCAGUUCACCAUGGAAGUCCAGUUCACCAUGAAGUCCAGUUCACCAUGGAGGUCCAGUUCACCAUGGACAUCCAGUUCACCAUGGAAGUCCAGUUCACCAUGAAGUCCAGUUCACCAUGGACGUCCAGUUCACCAUGGACAUCCAGUUCACCAUGGACAUCCAGUUCACCAUGGACGUCCAGUUCACCAUGGAAGUCCAGUUCACCAUGGACGUCUAGUUCACCAUGGAAGUCCAGUUUACCAUGGACGUCUAGUUCACCAUGGUAGUCCAGUUCACCAUGGACGUCCAGUUCACCAUGGACAUCCAGUUCACCAUGGACCUCCAGUUCACCAUGGACGUCCAGUUCACCAUGGAAGUCCAGUUCACCAUGGACGUCUAGUUCACCAUGGAAGUCCAGUUUACCAUGGACGUCUAGUUCACCAUGGUAGUCCAGUUCACCAUGGACGUCUAGUUCACCAUGGUAGUCCAGUUCACCAUGGACGUCUAGUUCACCAUGGUAGUCCAGUUCACCAUGGACGUCUAGUUCACCAUGGAAGUCCAGUUUACCAUGGACGUCCAGUUCACCAUGGACAUCCAGUUCACCAUGGACCUCCAGUUCACCAUGGACGUCCAGUUCACCAUGGAAGUCCAGUUCACCAUGGACGUCUAGUUCACCAUGGAAGUCCAGUUUACCAUGGACGUCUAGUUCACCAUGGUAGUCCAGUUCACCAUGGACGUCUAGUUCACCAUGGUAGUCCAGUUCACCAUGGACGUCUAGUUCACCAUGGUAGUCCAGUUCACCAUGGACGUCUAGUUCACCAUGGUAGUCCAGUUCACCAUGGUAGUCCAGUUUACCGUGGGCAGGGAUCGGCAACCUGUGGAUCCGGAGCGGCAUGCGGCUCGUUGAGUGACUGCUUCGUGACCUUCUUCUUGGUUCUUUCGGUAAAGUCACGUA